AUGACUAAAACAAUUAGUAAUUGGGAAAAGUUUAAGCUAUUGCUUUGGAAGAAUUGGUUAAUACAAAAGUUCCAUAAAUGGCAACUUUUGAUUGAAAUAUUAAUACCAGUAAUAUUCACGUUUCAAUUGGUACUACUUCGUGGAAUUGUGGAAGCUGAACCAAAACCGUCUGUGGAAUAUUCACCAGUUAAUAUAUCAAACUUAGACAUAUUUCUUGAUAAAAUUGUAGAGGAAAAAAUACCAAAAUUGGAAAUUCAUUAUUCGCCUACCAAUCCAAUGCUUGAAAAUAUUAUAAAAACUGCUGCAGAAUAUCUCAACAUUAAUAGUUACAAAGGACAUGAAAGUGCCAGUAAAUUGGAAACCGAAUUAAUAAAAAAUAAUAUAUUUGCUGGUGUACAGUUUGAUGAUGAAUGGAGUAACAUUAUGACAUAUCCAAACAAGUUUGCAUUUUCCUUACGUUUUCCGAGUGAAUUACGUACUAGUAGUAGUAAUUUUUCUGACACUUGGUUAACAAAUAAUCUAGUACCGCUCUAUACUGAAAAUGGUCCGAGGAAUAAAGAUGAUGUAGAUGGUGGUAUACCUGUGGGCUAUGUACGUGAAGGUUUUCUCCCGUUACAAAAUGCACUUUCCAUAGCCUUUUUAAAGUUGAGCAGUGGUACUAAAGAGCUGCCAGAAAUUUUAUUACAACGUUAUCCCUAUCCUGAAUAUAUUUCGGAUCCAUUAUUACAGGGUAUUUCAUUAACCAUACCAAUGCUUAUAAUGUUAAGUUUUCUAUAUGCAGCCACAAAUAUUGCCAAGAAUGUGACUAUGGAGAAGGAGAAACAACUUAAGGAGGUCAUGAAAAUAAUGGGUUUAGAUAAUUGGUUGCAUUGGACGGCAUGGUUUGUGAAGGCAUUUGUCUUUUUGUUAAUAUCAAUUAUAAUAAUGACAAUAUUCUUUAAGAUACAAUGGAGUAAUGAUGUCGCAGUUUUCACAUAUUCAAGUUGGUCUGCUUUAGCAUUUUUUAUGAUUAUUUACGCUAUUACCACGAUAUGUUUCUGCUUUAUGAUGGCCACAUUUUUUUCGAAGGCCAGCACUGCUGCUGCUGUAACUGGCUUGGUUUGGUUUGUGACUUACUUGCCCUAUUCAAUUGCAAUAUAUAGUUAUGCAGACAUGAGUUUAUUUAUGAAACUUAUGUGGAGUAUGAUUGUAAAUACUGGUAUGGGUUUUGGUUUCAAAGUCAUACUUGAUCAUGAGGGCACAGGUGAAGGAUUGCAAUGGAGCAAUAUGUUCUCAUCUCCUUCAGUUGAUGAUGAGUUAUCUGUUGGGCUUGUUUUAGUAAUGAUGUCAUUGUCAUGUGUAGUGUACAUGGUAAUAUGUUUGUACUUGGAACAAGUCUUUCCGGGUGAAUAUGGUGUUGCGAAGAAAUGGAAUUUCCCAUUAAAAAUAUGCAGUUCUCAUAACAAGAACGGACACAUGCAUACUGAUAACACACAUAUGGAUACAGCUGCACAAAAUCCCGAGGCUUUUGAAGUAACCGGUACAAAUGGAAAUGUGGGCAUAUAUGUGCAAAAUUUGCAAAAGAAAUUUGAUAAUAAAAUCGCGGUAAAAAAUUUAACAAUGAAUAUGUUUGAAGAUGAAAUAACAGUUUUACUGGGACACAAUGGUGCUGGAAAAACUACAACAAUAUCCAUGUUAACUGGAAUGUUUUCUCCCACAGCUGGUUCAGCCAUCAUAAAUGGAUUUGAUAUACGUGAAAAUAUAGAAGGUGCAAGAUCAUCUUUGGGUAUUUGUCCGCAGCAUAAUGUGCUAUUCGAUGAUAUUACUGUUGCCGAUCAUAUUGAAUUUUUCAGUCGAUUGAAAGGACUUUCAGGUAAAGCAGUAAAAGAAGAGGUUAAAUAUUACUUAGAAUUAAUACAACUUGAGGAUAAAGCAAAUGUGGUAUCUUCAAAAUUAUCUGGUGGUAUGAAGCGAAAGCUGUCUGUUUGUUGUGCUUUAUGUGGUGACACAAAAGUAGUGCUUUGUGAUGAGCCUAGUUCAGGUAUGGAUCCUGCUGCUAGACGACAAAUGUGGGACUUGUUACAGACUGAAAAGAUUGGUCGCACUAUAUUAUUGACUACACACUUUAUGGAUGAAGCUGAUGUAUUAGGUGAUCGUAUAGCAAUUAUGUGUGGUGGUGAACUCAAAUGCUUGGGAACUUCAUUCUUUUUAAAGAAGAAAUACGGAUCUGGUUAUCACUUGAUAUGCGUGAAACGUGAUAAUUGCAAAGUAUCUGAUGUAACAGCGCUUCUUAAUAAAUUUAUACCAAAUAUGGUUCCAGAAAGCGAUAUUGGCACAGAAUUGUCCUAUCAGCUACCUGAUAGCUUCUCUGCAGUAUUCGAAGAUAUGUUUGCCGCUUUAGAGCAAAACUCAAAUCAACUUAAUUUAAAUGGUUAUGGUGUAAGUAUUACAUCUAUGGAGGAAGUUUUUAUGAAAGUAGGUGCUGAGGAAAAUUAUGAUAUAUCUGGUGAUCAUCAAUUGAUGAAUAUUAAUGCUGUUGCAGCUAUAACUGAUAAGAAAUUUUCUCAAAAUAAGAGCAAUAUAACUUUCAAUCAAUGGCAUGCAAUGCUUUUCAAGAAAAUACUCUACACCUAUCGCAAUAAAAUACUUUUCGCUGUACAAAACUUAAUACCAAUCUUAUUUUUGGUGACGACAAUAUUAUUUCUACGAUCACAAGGCACUUUUAGUGAAAUGAAACCGAUGAAUAUCGGCAUAUCACAAUAUCCUGUAAGCACAACAAUUUUAGAAACAGUAGGAAAUAUCGAAAGCAACUCACUUGAGGCUGUUAUUGCGUCAGCUUAUAAAUUCAUAGCAACAUCUAUAAGUGAUAAUCAUAGUUUCGAUACGACAGGAACAAAAACAUUUCCGGAGUUUAUAAUGGAGUUGGGUCAAGAUAUACAAGUGCGCGUCAAUUCACGAUAUUUGGCAGCAGCUACUAUUUCAAAGGGACGAAUAAUUGCUUGGUUAAAUAAUCAACCUUUGCACACAGCACCACUGACACUAAAUAUGGUACAUAACGCCAUGGCGCAUGCUCUUAUUGGUCCAGGUAGUUCAAUUUCUGUUAUUAAUGCACCUUUACCAUAUACAGCUGAAACCAUAUUUUUCCAAUUAAAUAUCGGAAAUAAUUUGGGCACACAGUUGGCGUCAAAUAUCUGCUUUUGUAUGUGCUUUGUGAGCGCCUUUUAUAUACUAUUCCUUAUAAAGGAGAAGGAGUCACGUUCUAAGCUCCUACAAUUUGUCGGUGGUGUUAGGGUAUUCACAUUUUGGCUAACCCAAUUUCUUUGGGAUAUAUCCACUUUUACAAUAACGGUUAUAAUAAUAAUUGUAACCUUAGCCAUUUUCCAGGAAGAAGGACUUGCCACGUUUGAUGAAUUGGGACGUUACUUUUUAAUGAUAUUUGUGUUUGGAGUAUCGGUGAUCCCUUUUACAUACUUGCUCUCCUAUCUGUUCAAAGAGCCUGCAACAGGAUUUGCGCGUACUUCCAUUCUUAAUAUUUUCACAGGAAUGAUAACAUUUAUGUUUGUGCUUGUAUUAUCAUUUGACUUUAUUGGAAGUAAAAAUAUCGCUGAUGCUCUACAAAUAGUAUUUCGGGUAUUCCCGCAUUUCUCACUAACGAAUAGUUUAAAUAAACUUUAUUCGAAUGUAGCUAUAAGAAAUGCUUGCAACAAUCAAAUUUAUGAUGAAAAUGUUGGAUCCUUGUGUGAUUUGAUACCACAGUGUUGUACCAAUGAAGAAUAUUUUGCCUGGAAAAGUCCUGGAGUGCUCCCUGAACUACUCUAUAUGUUAAUAACAGCCGCAUUAUUUUUUGCGAUGCUAAUCGUAAUAGAAUAUGGAUUAAUUGGAGAAAUUUUGUAUAAGAUUAAUUGCAAAAAUUGUUCCAAGAAAUUAACAGCUCCAGAAAAUGGUUUUCUUGACCAGGAUGUGGCUAAUGAAAGGCAUCGUGUAGCCAACAUGUCAACAGCUGAAGUGAAAGAACAAAAUAUGGUAUUGGAUCGUCUUACGAAAUUCUAUGGAAAAUUCUUAGCUGUUAAUCAAGUAUCUUUAAGUGUUAAUAGAAAUGAAUGCUUUGGUUUGUUGGGUGUGAAUGGCGCUGGAAAAACAACUACAUUUAAAAUGAUGACCGGAGAUGAACGCAUUACUUCUGGUGUGGCUUAUGUGAAAGGGAUGAAUAUUAAAAACGAACGAAAUAAAAUAUAUCAGGAAAUUGGUUAUUGUCCCCAAUUUGAUGCGCUAUUAGAUGAUUUCACUGGACGCGAAACUUUAAUAAUGUUUUGUUUGCUACGUGGAAUAAGUAAACAACACAUCUCUGAGUUAAUAGAACAACUGGCUAGUUCUUUUGGGUUUACUCGACACUUGGAUAAACAGAUCAAAGCUUACAGUGGUGGUAAUAAACGUAAAUUAAGCACUGCUUUAGCAGUUUUGGCUUCACCUGCAGUGGUAUAUCUGGAUGAACCCACUAGCGGCAUGGAUCCAGCUGCUCGUCGUCAAUUAUGGAAUAUGGUGUGUCAGAUACGAGAUACAGGAACUUCAAUAGUUUUGACUUCACACAGCAUGGAAGAGUGUGAGGCAUUGUGCACACGUUUAGCUAUCAUGGUGAAUGGUGAAUUCAAAUGUAUUGGUUCCACACAACACUUGAAAAAUAAAUUCUCUAAAGGUUUAGUGCUUAAAAUGAAGCUUAAACGUGCGAUUGAAGGAAAUGCACAUUAUUCGAGAAGGCAAGUUGACGUUUUAAGUUUAAGUCAUUUCCACAUCCAAGUUGUGAAAUCAUUUGUAUUGAGACAUUUUCCACAUGCUGCUUUGCAAGAAGAUUAUCAGGGCAUAUUGACAUUCUAUAUCCCACUUACAACAAUAAAAUGGUCUCAAAUGUUUGGUUUGAUUGAACGAAAUCGAGUUGAAUUGAAUAUUGAAGACUAUUCGAUAAGCCAAACAACAUUGGAGGAGAUUUUCCUAGAAUUUGCAAAAUAUCAACGCGAAGAUACAAGAGCGCAGAAGUAAUAUGUUAGUGGGGCACUUACUAAAGACUAGACUUAAUUUUAAUACAUGGGAGAUUGUGAUGAAUUCAUUAAACAUUAAAUAUUUUUAAUAUACGAGUGUACUAGUCUCAUUAUAACUUU